AUGGUUGACAUUGAAAGCUCGCGUUUGGCAUGGUUAUCGACGUUGCGAAGUGGCGCUGAUCCAUCUGAAGAUACCAAGUUCAAGCGCAAGACUGCGAUCAUCGCUACAAUCGGCCCCAAGGUGAACAAUGUCCAGUCUCUGUCACAACUUAGGCGAGCCGGCAUGAAUAUCGUGCGAAUGAAUUUUUCCCACGGCUCUUACGAGUAUCAUCAAUCCGUCAUUGAUAACGCGCGGAAAGUGGUUGAGAGCGAAAGCGGGCGGCCUUUGGCAAUUGCCCUUGAUACCAAAGGACCAGAAAUAAGAACGGGGUUGAUGCGCCCAGGUCUUGAAGACGCUAAGAUCGAAGGUGGGCACGAAUUUAUCGUCACCACGGACCCUCAAUACGCCGAGCUCUGCGACGACAAGAUUCUUUAUGUGGAUUAUCCCAACAUUACGAAGGUGACCGCUCCCGGGAAGCUCAUCUUUGUCGAUGAUGGCAUUCUUUCGCUAUUGGUCUUGUCUAUCGAGGGUAAGAAUAUCAGAGUUCGAGCCGUCAACAGCGGUUCGUUCUCUUCUCGUAAGGGGGUCAACCUGCCCAAGACGAACGUCGAUCUUCCUGCUCUUAGUGAAAAGGAUAAGAAGGACCUGAAGUUCGGCGUCAAGAACGGCGUGGAUAUGAUCUUUGCCUCGUUUAUCCGCCGCGCUCAGGACGUCAUUGACAUUCGUGAAGUCCUUGGACCAGACGGAGCCUCUAUCAAGGUCAUCGUAAAAAUCGAAAACGAGCAGGGAGUGGCAAAUUUCGAUGAGAUUCUUGCCGCCGCAGAUGGUGUGAUGGUUGCCCGUGGUGACCUUGGUAUCGAGAUACCAGCCAGUCAAGUGUUCCUGGCACAGAAAAUGAUGAUUUCAAAGUGUAAUAUUGCCGGAAAGCCUGCCAUUUGUGCUACUCAGAUGCUGGAGUCGAUGACUUACAACCCUCGUCCUACUCGUGCAGAAGUAAGCGACGUCGCCAAUGCCGUCCUUGAUGGUGCGGAUUGUGUCAUGCUUUCUGGAGAGACAGCCAAGGGCCAGUACCCAAUCCAGUCCGUCCUCAUGAUGGCGGAGACAUGCUACCUCGCUGAGUCUGCGAUUUGUUAUCCUCCGCUCUUUAACGAGCUUCGUGCUCUUGCCAAGCGCCCCACCGAGACUGCUGAAACGGUCGCAAUUUCUGCUGUUGCUGCUGCGGUGGAGCAGAAAGCAGCCGCUAUCUUGGUCCUCUCGACGAGUGGCAACUCCGCUCGCUUGAUCUCCAAGUAUCGACCCGCCGUCCCAAUCAUUACUGUCACUCGUAACCAGCAGACUGCCCGCCAAAUGCACCUUCAUCGAGCCUGCUAUCCCUUCUGGUAUCCUGAGCCAAGAGGUGUUCCGGAUACCCUGUGGCAGCGCGAUGUGGACAAUCGUAUUCGCUUUGGUCUCCGGUGUGCGUUGGAGUUGAAGGUUCUCACACCUGGCAGUGCUGUUAUCGCCGUCCAAGGUUGGAAGGGUGGGUUCGGCCACACAAAUACCCUUCGCAUCCUAACAGUGCCCACGGACCCCGCUGAUUUGGAGGGGCUUCCCAUCGUUGCUUCUGAGUGA